UAAGAUGAUGCGGGAUCUGUGGCAACUACUAAUCCAAACAAAAACAUAGAAAAAGUAGGAUUGAACUCUUUCACGUCACUUCCCCCAUAUCACUACAAUUUCAUCUCUAGACUCAGUUUCCCAAAGAUUAGAAACUCUAUCACCAUGCCAUCAACUUCAUCGGCAACCCCACCGACACCAUCUCAUCCCACCACUCACCACGUCCUUCAAGCCCUGCUAGACUCCUCACGUCCCUUCCUUCGUGGCGAGCUUCAAUAUGUCGACAAAAACUUGCCUAAUUUGGUCGCCGUCUUGCGUUCCGUUGGUGCCGGCGAGUGUUGGCACAAGCACGGCAGCUUUUUAGAGCAUCUGGUCCAUAUCUAUCGGAUUCUCAAAAUAUGGAAGGCGCAAGACUCCGUUUGCCUUUGCGGUCUUUUCCACUCUGCUUACUCCAACUCUUACGUCAACCUCGCCAUAUUCGACCCUUCAACCGGCCGCGACGUCGUUCGAGGCCACGUCGGCGACGCCGCAGAGCGUUUAAUCCAUUUGUUCUGCGUCGUCCCAAGGCAACCUUUGAUCCACGAUGACCUUUUGUUCAAGUAUACGGAUUCGGAAAUCGUCGAACACCUUGCGGCCUCCGAGGUUUCGUUGAAGAACGCCAAAGAAAAGGGCGUUUUUAAUGAAGACGAGGCUUGGAGGAAUAAGAUAGGCGGACUGGUGCCUGAAAAUGGGCUUACAGUGAAGCACAUAAAGACCGGCGAGGACGUGUUGGUGUCUCGAAGGGUGUUGGCUAUUUUCCUCAUGAUGACCAUGGCAGAUUUCAGUGACCAGCUUUAUGGAUUCCAGGAUGUUCUGUUUGAAAACUUCGAUGGUAGGCUCGAAUUCGUGGGCAACAACAACGUUGCUUUAUGGCCUGGGAAUGGCAAACCAGGGCUGUGGUUGAAUUCAAUAUCGAGAAUGGGGGCAAUAUAUAGUUUAAUACUGAGAGAGGAAGAGAUUUUUGUUGAACAAAGGAAAAGGGUAAGUGGCAUUGAGGUUGAAACUGACAGAGAUGAAGACAUUGAGCUUGUUGUGCCACCAGUUUUUGAGCACUGCAGUAAGGUGUUAGGUGCAAAAGAGCAAAUAGAGGCAAGGGACUUGUAUUGGGAAGCUGUUUGUGAUGAUUCAAAAGGAGGGCAAGAGAGAGCUGAGGAAUUGUUAUUAGGCAGCAUUGAGAAGAACCCUUUUGUGGGUGAACCACAUGUGGUGUUGGCUCAGGUUUAUUUGACCAAAGGAAGGUUUGAGGAAGCAGAAAAAGAGGCUGAAAAAGGGUUGAUUUUGAUGCUUCAAUGGAGCAGUCCAUGGGAUAAAAGGAUGUCUUGGGAAGGAUGGAUUGCUUGGGGAAGGGUUCUGUUGAUGAAAGCUAAAGAACAAUCUUGGCCACAAACUUCAUGGGGUGUCCUCAAUUUGGGCCUUGUUAAGUAAUAUCAGUUCCAUUAGCUUGUUUCAUCUUUGUUCCAUGCAUUUUCUGGUAAAUGAUCCCCUGCCAAUAAUAAUACUAAUUAUAACUCUGCAUGUAUUGGAAUUUGUAAUUAGUUGAUGCGGUUUGGUCACAAAGUUCUGGGGGUAUCUUCAAUUUAGGCCUUGUUAUAAGUAAUGUCACUUCCAUUAGCUGAUUUCCUCUUUGUUCUAUGCAUUUUCUGCUAUAUAUGUUCCAAGUUAUGGCCUGUCAAAAUCAUACUGAUAAUCAAACCCUGCAUGUAUUGGAAGUAUCUUAUAAACUUACUUAAUUUGUCAA